AUGGCAUCAAACGCCCCAACAACCAAUGGAUUCUGGUUGGAUGUCCAUACCAAGUCCAUUGCAAGUCCAUACUAUGGUCUAGCAUUGGUCUCUGAUUGGUCCAGGAAAAAUGUCCCAUGGUACCCUGCUAGGUCCUUGCCACCUGGCGAAAGUGGCGGUUGCCAUCCACACUACCCGAUGGGUAAACACGCAGCAACACUCUUUUUGGGCUUUAAGAAGGGGACGACCGCCUCGGCCCUGCUUGGUCCACGUCGGUGGCGACGCGAUGCUAGGAAGGGAACGGUGUGGGGAAGUAUGCCCUUUUUCUUCUCACGAGCGGUAGCAACAACUCUUGAGGAUGUGGCAGUCCGCUCAAGCAGGAGAUCAGGGGUUGUCGCCAAUCAGCAUCUUGCCAGAAUGCUCGGACAUGUCUCGGUGUUCGCGUGGCUUAGUUUCUAUAGGGUGUGGCAAGUACAGACGGCGGUGAAUGCCGGUUUGAGGAAGACACGAGCGAUAAGAUUCUCGGGGGUGGAGAUUGUGCUGGUGGCCACUCGAUGUUGGCAGACGUUUGCGUAA